CUCGCUGACGAGCAUCCAUUACAACAACUGCGCGGUCUUUCGAGGGCAGCAUAACACCCUCCCAUAUCAAGCAGAAUGGCGACGGUCGGGGAUGGCCCCCGAGCUGGCAAAGCCAAAGACUUCGACAUAGUCGCAACUUACUACCGUCUCCUAGCUGAAGACCCCGAUCUCACAAUGCCAGUCGCUGCAAUUGAGGCUCUCAUUGAGCUACUCGUCCAGUCUCGCGCCGUUACCAUCUACGAAACCCUCGACCUAGUUAAGACUCAGUCCGAUUACCUCAAGUCGCGCGUCCCCAACUCCAUCUCCCUAUCUGCCGGAACAGACCUUUUUCAACGCUAUAUUAUAUCUUCGUUAAAACCCACCAGUACGGGCAGUUUUGAGGCCGUCAGACAGCAUCUGUUAAGUAAUGGUCGGCUGUUUGUCAGCCGGGCCAAGGCAGGGAGGGAGAGGAUCGCGGCGUACGGCAGACACUUCGUAAGAGAUGGGAGUGUGGUUCUUACCCAUGGCGGCUCAAGGGUUGUGGGGGCGUUAUUGGCAAAGGCAGCGGAAGCGAGUGCAAGCGGUGGAAACGUGCGAUUCAAAGUUAUUUAUGUAAUGAACGAUGCGCGGAGCUCAGAAAGCAAGACGGUAGUCUCGGCCUUAAGGGCUAAGGGUGUACCUGUUGCUACCAUAUCAGAGGGGGCGGUGGGCUAUGCUAUGGGAAAGGUCAACCUCGUGAUUGUCGGUGCUGAAGGUGUGGUUGAGAACGGCGGAGUUAUUUCGAGAUUGGGCACAUAUCAAAUUGCUUUGCUAGCAAAGGCUGCGGGCAAGCCAUUUUAUGUCGCUGCAGAGAGCCACAAGUUCGUCAGACUUUAUCCUCUCGGACAAUACGACCUUGGCAUCGAUCAAGAAGUGAUUGAUUUCAGAACUGAGGAUGAGAAGGAUCCGGCACAAGAGGAGGGGAAAUCGACGGGCACGGUCCCAAAGCCGGAGGAGAAAUCAGAAGGCUCACCCAGCUCCCCCGCGCAGCCAAAACAGGCUGUGGAUGCUGUUGACUUUACGCCACCCGCUCUUGUAUCAGCAUUGCUCACCGAAACUGGUGCGCUGACGCCUAGCGCCGUUAGUGAGGAACUUAUCAGCGUCUGGUAUUGAGCUGGGCAGCACAGCAGGCAAAUCAAGUCUCGAGAGACUGAUGGUCUUCUCAUAAACAGAAAACUUACCCAGUCGCUGUUGCCGGUUCCUACCUAACGGAGUCAACUGUAUUACCUAAUCAGGUUUUCGACUCUAACGGCUCUGCGAAUACUAUGAUAGAUUGAUGGAGGCGCCUAUCUCCAAGAAUUGUCUAUUCGUGUUAUAUCUAGGAUGUUAUUGCGACAUGGAUGUGGGUAUGAUUUGACGAAGUAGCAAGACUUCAUAGCUUUUGCUACUUUAAGUAGAGAAUACAAAUCCCUUCCUAGGGACCUAUUCAAACCUCACUAUUGUAUCAAGUUUUAUG